AUGGAUACCAUUCAGAAAUCAGUGAUCACGCCUCUUCAGCCUUAUUUGGCGCCUAUUGUUUCUGUCAUUCCCGAGCCAGUGCACGAUGCCGUUGUGUCCUUGAUUGGGAAAUCUUGUCACGGCGCAUUGUUGGUCGACCUUGAUGUCACUAAAGAUCCUGCUUGCACAUCGCUCGCCAUCUCCAAGGCCCUUGGAAUUGCUAUUGUCGGCGCCAGUGCAGUCGUCAAAAUCCCGCAGAUUCUGAAGCUGAUCAACUCCCGCUCAUCGGCCGGUGUCUCGUUCGUCUCUUACGCCCUCGAAACCGCCAGCUUGCUCAUCACUCUCUCAUACGGUGUGCGCAACCAGUUCCCAUUCAGCACCUAUGGCGAGACUGCUCUCAUCGCCGUCCAGGAUAUCGCCAUCGGUGUUUUGGUCCUGAACUAUGCCGGACGCUCCGCCGCCGCCGCAGCUUUCAUUGCUGUCGUAGCUGCCAGCGUUUAUGCGCUAUUGUUUGACCAGACUCUUGUCGAUGCGCAGACUAUGUCCUACCUGCAGGCUGGUGCAGGUGCUUUGGGUGUUGCUAGCAAGGCGCCUCAAAUUUAUACCAUCUGGCGCAAUGGAGGAACCGGACAGCUUAGCGCAUUCACGGUACAGUUUCUUUUGCCUUGCUACAUCUCAGUCCAGACACUAAUCGCUUCUUCUAAUCAGGUGUUCAACUACCUCGUCGGAUCCAUGUCCCGAAUCUUCACCACCCUUCAGGAAGUCGACGACAAGUUUAUCCUUUACGGAUUCAUUGGCGGUUUCUCCCUCAACGUGAUUCUCGCAAUCCAGAUGCUCUGGUACUGGAACACCCCGGCACCCAAGCAGAAGGCCGCUCCUCGCGCAAAGGUCGCUGAGAAGGCACCAUCAGCCCAGAGCACGGGAGCGUCCCCGAGACCUAGCGUGAAGACACCCACCACCCGCCGACGGGGUUAG